UUACCGGUACUUAAAGAGAACUACCAAAUGCAGCCGUCCAUGAACUGAAAGAAUAAGAAGAAAAGUUAGCAAGACAGGAGACGACGACGGACUUGUUUUAAUGUGAAACCUUUUCGGAUUGAUACCAAAAUUUUCUGGAGAGAAGUUAUGUGCUCGACGUUCUCCAUUCUUGUUCUUUCCAUCUGUGUUGCAUUGACGGUCGACUAUGCCGGAGGCAUGACCACGGGUCCGCCAGUUGGAGGCGCGGGCACUACGGGUGGUAUGGCAAUGACAACAGCUGCCGGUGCAGCCGCCGAAGCCGCGGAGCCACUGGAGAUGGAGGAAGUAUUUACCACAACGGCUUCAACAACCACGACGACGAAGAAGCCGCCCUGUAAAGGCAGGGGCAAAGGCAGGGGCCGCUGCAAGGGGCGGCGAAGGGGACGUCCAAAGAACCUCAAACCAAAACCGGGAUCUGUGAAGCCGAAACCAAAACCAACACCUGUGACGCAAGCACCUACACCAGCACCCACCCCAGCGCCAACUCCCGCGCCCACUGCCGCCCCUACCCAGGCGCCUACCUACGCACCAGCGCCAGUUUACAACCAACCGGCAGCACACGCGGGCGGAGUCGGAACUGUAGGAGCAGCAGGUGGGGCCCAUGGAGGAAUGGUUGGUCCUAGUGUGCACGUGGUCCCCCAGAUGAACCCCUACCCCAACAAUGUUGUUACCCCAACCCCCACAACCAAACGACCUAACCAGUACCUGUACGAACCCCACUCCUGCCCCAAGAUGGACGUAGCCACAUGGGAAAACGAGGUCGUCAUUUAUGACAAUAAAAACUGUGCAAUAAUUAUUCGAAUGAACCCAAAACUAAGACGACCCACGGUAACAUUCCAAGCUCCUUACUGGUGAUUCCAGGGACUGAGGCAGCAGGGCGGGGACACUUCGCCUGCUUUUGAACACUCUAGAUAGCGCAGAGUCAGUAUAUGAGAUGUACAAACUCAUUCAUCGGUCCCAUGGAAAUCCCCAAUAUUCACAUCAAAAACAAGAACUUAAACAUUGUAGUGUACACGCAUGCACGCUUGUGUCACAUGAUGAUGACGUCAAUAUUAUCGUAGUUAAAAAUAAACUGACUCACGUGCUAUCUGCGCGAAAGAUAUUGUUAUUAUAUUGUAUCGUAUUUAUGUGUCGCUCGCAAGCAUCGGCUGUUAGCGCUUUUAGUAAUAAAUGUACGUGGACAA